AUGUCUGUCGUCGGCAUAUCUCCCAGCGACUUUGUCGCCGGUGGGAAAGCCAUCGCUAAGGCUACCGCCGCUCUCCGAGAUGGUGGUGCCAAAGAUUCCUUCCAAGAGGCCGAUGGCAGUCUACAAGAUCGCAUUGCUGCUUCGGUGCUACUCGAACAACAUUUUGUCACCUCUCAGAGAGGUUCACCUGGGUCUACGGCCCUUGCGGAAACUGCAAAACAACUACGCGAGCGAGACCAGACUUUCAGGAAAAAGCAUGGCAAGUUCAGUCGCUCUCUUGGGCCGCAGGCUACCGGAAGUCGACGCAAACAGGUUGGAAGCGCACUGAAGUGGGCUUUCAAAGGCGAGAAAGAUUUCGAAGAGCACAACAAUAGGGUCGAGGCGGGCACGCACGCGACUAUACUGAACAGUAUUCUGUAUGCCAUAACUCUCGUCAGAGCACACGCGGGAAUGCUUACUGUGAACAGAUGCGCAUCGGAGUUGUCUGCAGGGCACCACCAGGAGUCACACAACUUCCUCCACAAAGCAAAAUCUGGAAUUGAGGAGCUGCAAACGAAGAAUUCCCAUAUAUCUGCAAGACUUGACAAUAUUAACGAUGCGCUCACUUCUCGGAUAGGUGGGCUCGCAAAACAGGUCUCGGGUUUAUCUGUCGCAUACCAUGAGGACUCCAGGAGGCUUCUCGGCAGAGAACAUUCUGGUAUUGAAGAAUUGGAAAUGAACAGCUCGGAUUUAUCUGUGCAGUUGAAUCGUAUCGAUGGUGCUCUUACAUCUCAUUUUGACACUUUUGCUGAUCGCAUCGAUGACAAGAUCUCCUCGUCAUAUGGAACGCUUGAUGAAAAUGCCACAUGUUCACAGCGCACAGGCGCAAGUCUGAUUGAUAUCACCAAGACAGCCUCCGAUGAUCAGCGGUGUUUAAUUCAGCCGGGUGUAUCCAACAACAAUUGGAAAUACCAGAGAGUUUUGACGAGGUUGGAGCAUCUCGAAAAGCAGACCAUGACGCGUAACUCACAGAUGUCGAACAACUGCCUGCCAGGAGAAUUUGUUGGCGCAUUCUUUGUACUAUUGUGCUUUUGUUGUCAUAGGUACGCAAUGUCUGUCUCAAAUGGCUGGUUAGAACCUAUGCUAAUGACGAAAAGGGACGAUGUUAUCAGAAUUUUCUCACAGUAUCUUUUGGAUCAUGCGUAA